AUGCUCAUGCGGUGCAGGGCAUCUGUGCAAGCCAUUCUGUUCACCUUCUCCUCCUCAUGGCUCGCAUGGCAACGCCCCUCGGAGCAACAAGCACCUCGGGGGGGCAGAGGGGAGGAAGCCAGCAGCUCGGAAAGCAGUGGCAGUGGCAGCAGCAGGGGGGGCAGUGGCAGUAGUAGCGAGGGAGGGAGUGGUGGAGGUAUAAGCCCCUCCCUCCCCACCCAACUCUGCACCGCACCUCCUCUCCUUUCCCCCGCACCACCCCGCCAUUGUCCCCUACCAGAGAUGACACACAGCUGCCAGUGCUCCGCGCGCACCCCUCCCUCCUCACCGCCAGCCAGCACCAAUGUGCACUUUCUCCACUCUCUUGUUCUUGCAACCUGCCCCCUCCCUCCUGCCCGAGCUGACUGCUGGGUGGAGUACUGGGUGCAAGCGGGCGUGCAGGCGGUGCUGUGGGCGGACGUGCUGUCCUGGGAGCACGUGGACCCCGACCAUCCCACCAGGGACGCCCUCGCCCACAUGCACGCGCAGAAGCAGGCACUGGUGAGAGCGUACGAGGGGGAGGGGCGAGUGGGGUUUCAUCGCGAGGUGAUGGGCGUGGGCAGCACGAGGGCGCACGUGGUGGAGCGCGUGGUCGCCAUGGCAGCUCACCAGACCUCCGCAGAAUGGCUGCUGAUUGCUGAAUCGCCACGCGCCUUUUUCUCCCAGCCCUCCCACCCUCACCCCGGCUCCCUCUCCCGUUUCCUGGCGCAGCAACCAGCGCAUGUGCUGCAGGUGCGCCCGUCCCUGUCAUACCUCUCGUCCCGGCCGCUGCUCAUCCCCUUCACCUUCUCGCCGCGCUCGCUCUUCUCCCACGGGCCUGUCACCGAUGUGCUUCUGGACCCCGAUGAGCAAGACGACGGGAGCUCGGGCGAUGAGGAUGGAGGAGGGGCGGACAGGAUUCACACUCAGGGGCAUGAACUGGAAGGCGGGGAGUCAAGUAACGAACCACAAUGGACUCUAUUAGAAUCUGCUGCUUCUGCUGCUGCUGCCACUAAAGCUGGCAUGUUGACUGGCAACGAUGCUGCUCACAGCAACCCUUCCAUGGCUGUGCAGCAUUGCUUCCGCCCCUUGGCCUCUCUUGCUCCCAUGGGCGCCAGUGAAGCAGGCAGGGGAGAAGGGGAAGGCUUAGAUGGAGGGGUAGAUGGUGGGAUGGGGGGAGGAACGAGUGGGUUUGAAGGGGAAGAGGAGGGCCAGCCAGCAACAGUGCUGGUGAUGGCAGUGCGAGCAGCCGCUGUGCGUGAAUUGACACCAAAACGUGGCUUGCAUCACCGUCGUCACCACGAUGAUUAUGAUGAUCGUGACAGUGCUGAUGCUGAUGCUGCUGCUGCGGCUGCGGCUGGUGGUGCUGGGAACAAAUCUGCUCUCGCUCACCUGCUUUUCUCGUCGCCAUCAGAACCAGCUGGCAAGUCAACCCAGCAGCAGCAGGCUGAGGCACAGGGACUGGUUGCAGUGCUACUGUCACCCCAUAGCUCUGGCAGUAGCAGCAGUGGCGGCAGAGGCAGCAGUGGCAGCAUGAACAGGGAGCAGGAGAUGGAAGCAGCGGUGGAGGCAGCAGGUGGUGUGUGCCGCGGUGGCAGUUUUCCCUGUCCCUCUCCUUUUGUCCCUCCUCUUUCCGCCCACUCCACCCCCCUCUCCUCAACCCCUCCUCUCCCCCUUUCCUCUCCCCCCCACUCCCCCCUCUCCGUUGCCUCCACCUUUCAGGCUUUAGCAAGGGCAGUGUUCCCACGAGUGCACAUGCAGGCAGCGCGUGUAGCAGCAGCGGUGGUGCACGGAGCAGUGCAGCGAGUGCAGGCUCUUGUGCAGCGCAUGCAGCAGCAGCUCAACCACGCUGAAAGGGUGGCGGAGAAGAGGUGA